ACAAACGAGUGUUUAUGGCUAACUUAACGGUAUCCCUAGCUGCUAGAAGGACAGGGGAGAAAUGGCCGAUACCAUAGCCGAUACAAGAAGGCUUUUCAGUAAGCCACAGAACUUAAAUGACGCAUAUGGACCUCCGAGUAAUUUUCUAGAGAUUGAUGUAAGCAACCCCGAGACGAUUGGGGUUGGCAGGAACAGAUAUACCACGUAUGAAGUCAGACUGAAGACCAAUCUACCAAUCUUCAAGCUGAAGGAGUCCAGUGUACGGAGGCGGUACAGUGACUUUGAGUGGCUCAGAGCGGAGCUGGAGAGGGAGAGCAAGGUGGUCGUCCCACCUCUGCCGGGAAAGGCUCUCAUCCGGCAGCUUCCGUUUCGUGGGGAUGAUGGGAUAUUUGAUGACUCUUUCAUCGAGGAGCGUAGACAGGGUCUGGAGCAGUUUCUCAACAAAGUGGCCGGACACCCUCUAGCCCAGAAUGAACGGUGCCUGCACAUGUUCCUGCAGGACGAGUCUGUGGACAAGAACUACACCCCCUCCAAAGUCAGACAAGCCUAAAGAGCGAAGGCGGCUCUGCUUGGCCCGGUUUCACUCUGCACAGCCCAGUUGGCCGACCCGAAGCGCUCGCCACUGCUCCAGGUUUCUCUCAGACAAUAAACACUUUGAGGACAACUUCCCUCCUCGCGUCCCCUAAAAUUAUAUUGUUCACUGCUUCUUUUAGUUAAAUUAGUGACCUUGAUUGGUGUUUGUUUUCACUUUCUGAUUGGAGUCAAGAAUGUUCGACACAUAAGUGGUUGAAAGUAAUUUAUCGUAACUUCCGUUUGUGUCUAAAUGCCACUAACAUGGGUCUAUCUGUAUUUAUCAUUUAGCCAUGUCUUGAAUAUAUUCAUUUAUAUAUCAACACUGAAUAAGCGUUCUAUGUAUGCAAAGCUCUUGUGAAGAUCCUCAGUCUUUUUAUCACACACAUUCACGGCAUGUUGCUCAUCAUAACUAAACUCACUCACACUUAUCUGAUGAGGCUCGACUUCCAAAUCUCACUUAGCUGAUUCUCUUCUCAAGAGAAAUUGUGUGUGCGUGCGCGUGUGUGUGUACAUCGACCAGCACCUGCCCAGUUGUCACGGUAAUUUUCUAGCAACAGAGAAGUAAUUUACACAGAGAGAACUGCAGUAUUUCUACUGGCUAUAUGCAUUUUGAGAUUUGUAUACUGCUGUGCCAUUUUUGUUUAUUUUGAAGAUUUUCCAAUAAAAUAGGUGAAAUAUC